AUGCUAACUUAUACAGAUUUUUGUCUUAAACUAGCUAAAAUAAUUAAAGAUGAGUAAAUUGAAUCACUAACUUUGAAAACUCUAGUAGAUGAAACAAUUGACUUAUUAGACAGAUAGUAGCCUCCAGUUGACACAUAUGUAUUUAUUGUUUUUUAUAAAAGGAAGAAGUAAUUGCCAAGGAAUUAUUGUUUUACAGAACUGAAUGUUAGUAUCUCAAUAAACUAAGACUCUCACUCUAAAAUUAAGUGAAGGUAAUUAGAAUAAAUAAAUAGCUAUUGCAAAGAUAACUGUAAGAGGAAAAAGAAACCAAUACGGAAUUAUCAAAUGUUCUUAAAACGCAAAAACAAGAGUAGUUAUUGAAUAAGACAAAAACAGAAGGGUUAAAUAAUAUAGCAUAAAAAAAUGAACCUUAAAACGUAAGUGCUCGAUAGCAGAAAAACUGUAAUUAAAUAUUUUAAAUUCAUUUUUAUUUAGAAUUUAAUAUUACCUAGAGAUAAGCCUUAUAGCCAUAAACGACUAAAUAGAUGUAACUAGCUCCUCAUCUUACCAUAGAGAUUAAAAAUAUAAAAACUCCAUUGUUAGAGCAUUAAGAUCCUAAAAAUCUCAAAGAAUUAUUCCAAUAGUGCGUAUAAUAGAUUUCUAGAGAAAAUCAGAUGAGAGGAAAUCAUAUUAAAAAAAAUAAACAAAUGUGCAGUAGAGAUUUUUCAGGCCAAUUUCAUAUCAGUGAAGAUUAGAAAGAUGAUAAUUUUUCAAAACUCGAUAUCAAAACCCUGACAGAAAAGUAUAAAAAUACAAACACAAUGAUAAUAGAUUUUUCUUAAAUCCGCAAUUUUUUAAGAUGAUAGAAGCCUAAUUAUUUGAUGUAAAGUGUUGCAACAAUAAGGCUUGCCUUUACAAUUUUAAAUAAUCCUAAUUAUCAUCAGAAGCAUAACAAAUCUAAAAUGAAAGUAAAAUUCUUUAAAUUCCUAAAAAAAUACCAUAGUUUCGAUCAGAUCACAGAAGUAGAAGUGUAGGCAGACAAGAUGGUAUUAUACAAUUAUCAUUUUUAGAUCUAAAACUUUAAUAUUAAUAUUUAUUCGCAGAUGUAUUGCGUUUAGAAAGAGAGUUGUGCGCAACACCUAAAUAGAAUAAAAAUAGAUAAAUUGAAUUAAAAAGUUAAUUGAAAGAUAUUCGUGAAAAACUAUAUCAAUUAUAGUGUAAGAUUUUAAAUUGA